AUGGUUACCCUGAUUGGUUUUUUGUUCAUCAUUGGGAAUUUGAUAGUGCUUGAAGUCUUUGUCCCAGAUUUGGUUGGACCGGCACCGUCGUGGGUAUACUACAGUUUUGCAUUCGGACUCUGGAUGUACUCGACGAUGGAUAAUGUAGACGGCAAACAAGCGAGGAGAACGGGCACUUCCAGUGGGCUCGGAGAACUUUUCGAUCACGGAAUCGACUCUUUGAACUGUACUUUAGCCAGUCUCUUGGAAGCCGCAGCGAUGGGCCAAGGAUCGUCAAAGAUCGGUGCUUUCACCGCUUUGAUUCCCUGCUUACCCAUGUUUUUUUCGACAUGGGAAACAUAUCACACCCAUACCUUAUAUUUGGGCUAUUUCAAUGGCCCAACCGAAGGCUUGAUUAUCGGAACCUUGAUCAUGGUCGCGGCAGGCUUCUAUGGCCCAGAGAUCUAUUCAAGCUCCUUAUCUGAUCGUUUCGGCUAUCGGGAGAUUUUCGGCGAUUACACCUUCUUAGAUCUCUGGGUUGUGGUGCUCCUGGUGUCAUUUUCGAUAGCGCACCUUCCUGCUUGCGUUUAUAAUGUAGUUCGAUCUCGCAAACGGAAGGACUUGCCUAUAUUCCCUGUUUUCCUGGAAUGGACCCCGAUUGUUGUCUCAUCCGUAUCAACUAUCGCUUGGCUAUAUUCGCCGCACUCGACCCUGCUGAAAGAAAACCACCUUGUCCUUUUCGCGGUGACAUUGUCUUUCGUUUUCGGCCGUAUGACAACGAAAAUAAUACUGGCACACUUGACACGCCAACCCUUUCCCUUUUGGACAACGCUCAUGACUCCACUACUAGGAGGGGCUGUACUCGGGAAUUUACCUAGGCUCGGCCUGCCCAUGGUGAAUAAAAAUUUUGAGCUGUGGUAUUUACGUGCAUAUUUGGUGUUUGCCUUUGUCACCUACAUGCAGUGGGCCUUCUUUGUUAUUAAUCGAAUCACCACUUUCCUGGGUAUCAACUGCUUGACAAUCAAGCACAAUGUGGCUGUACCACAGACUAUCUAUCAACAACUCAGUGAAGAACCAAGUGGUGUUAUGGAUGAUCAAUUAGACCUGGAAAGUGGCAGGUUAAAGAAUCAUUAG